AUGUCUGAUAUCACUAACGAAAAGAAGCCGCUAAACAGCGACCCAGAGAUUUUACUACGUAAGAGAAGAAAUGCUGAUAGAACUAGACUAGAGAAGCAAGAGCUUGCUCGUCAAAGACAAGAACAGAGAAAGAAGGAGCAGAUCAAGAAUAAGAAGAAGUUCAUCAGAGCUGAGAGUUUGGUUGCUAACUCCCUUGCUACAUCUAGAGAGAAAGAGAGAAUCAAGAGAAUCUCCAAAUUGGAGCACAAGAAGUUGAAAGGAGAUGUGUCACAUUUACCAUCUGAGAAGAAUUUCUUCUUGAAAGUUACUGAGAAGCCACAAAGUGAAGAAACAGAUGACUUGAUCGAUGAAGAUGAAGAAGAUGGAUUCGAAAGGGAGAAAGUUGCAUACAACGGUGAAGAACAGUUACUGUUUGUAUUGAGAGUAAAAGGCCCUGUAGCUGCAAGCAUCCCACACAAGGCAUACAGAAUUCUAAGUACUUUAAGGCUUGAAGAAGUGAAUACUGCUGUUUUUAUCAAACUGACGGAGACUACUUUCUCACUACUGAAGAUAAUUGCCCCAUAUGUUAUAGUCGGUAAGCCAUCAUUGAAAUCUAUUCGUUCCUUGAUUCAAAAGAGAAGUAAAAUUGUGUACAAGAGAGAAGAUGAGGAAGAAGCUAAAGAAAUCAUUCUAAAUGAUAACAACAUUGUUGAAGAGAAACUGGGUGACUGCGGUGUUAUCUGUAUCGAUGAUAUUAUUCAUGAAAUUGCUACACUUGGAGAAAAUUUCACUAAGUGUAACUUCUUCUUGCAACCAUUCAAGUUGAACAGAGAAGUAUCAGGUUUCUCCUCUCUAAAUAAAUUGAAGAAGCUGGAACAAAGAGAAGUCGAAAAGAAAACCAGAAAGGUCUCCAAUGCUUCUACCGCACCAAUUGUCCAAAUUGAUAUUGAUGCAUUGAUUGCUAAGAUCAACUAG